AGAUGGAUUUGGGGUUCUGCUGGUCGACUCGACAUGCUUCUAGCCCAUGGUCCAGCUACCUCUCGUAACUUUGUGCGUUCUUCUUAUUGGCCUGAUUAUGGAAGUACCGGAUGGCGGAAUUGCCUAUCAAGAGUUGUGAUCGUUAAAUAGUCUUAACAUGGUGUAUUUUAGUGGCAUCAAUAGAUUUCUCAUCAAAUCUAUUUAUAGUGAGUGGCCUUUUCAUUACUCCAGCAGUUUCAUGAAAUGUGUUCGUUCCUUUCACCAAUCCAAACCCAGAGAACCCAUCAAGCAGUUCACCAAAAUUUCAAGAAAAACAGCCAAAUCAAUAUGCAAGAAAGGUGUAGAGGACCCAAAGGUUUACAUGAGAAACACCAUUUCAAACAUAUAUAGAAUCUUGAAAUAUUCCACUUGGGACACUGCAAAAGAACACCUAUCGAAACUGGGUAUACAAUGGGACUCUUACACUGUCAAUCAAGUGUUAAAAACUCACCCACCAAUGGAGAAGGCGUGGCUUUUUUUCAACUGGGCUUCGGGGCUUAAAGGGUUUAAGCACGACCAGUUUACCUACACAACAAUGCUGGACAUCUUUGGAGAAGCUGGCAGGAUUGCGUCUAUGAAUUAUGUGUUUAAGCAAAUGCAAGAGAAGGGGAUAAAGAUCGAUGCGGUUACUUACACUUCGCUUAUGCACUGGGUUUCGAGCUCUGGGGAUGUUGAUGGAGCUGUAAAGAUUUGGAAAGAAAUGAAGGAAAAUGGGUGUUAUCCUACAGUUGUUUCUUAUACGGCUUAUAUGAAGGUUCUCUUUGAUAAUAAGAGAGUGAAGGAGGCAACUGAUGUUUAUAAGGAGAUGCUUGAAUCUGGGAUUGCUCCAAAUUGCCACACGUAUACUGUCCUAAUGGAGUACCUUGUCCUUGCUGGCAAGUACCAAGAAGCACUUGAGAUUUUCAGCAAAAUGCAAGAAGUAGGGGUACAACCUGACAAAGCUGUAUGCAAUAUUUUGGUUGAGAGAUGUUGCAAACGUGGUGAAACAAACACAAUGGCCCAAAUUCUUCAAUAUAUGAAAAACAAUCAUCUUUCUCUUCGUUACUCUAUCUUUCAGGAAGCACUCAAAACUCUAAGAAUUUCCGGUGAGAGUGAUACCCUCCUCAGGCAAGUUAAUCCUCAUUUUGCUACUGAAUCUAUCAAUAAUGAGGAUGCGCCUGUGAUCAUUACAAGUGCUGAUGAUGAUCCUUUGGACAGAGGACUUUUACUGAUUCUUUUGAAAAAGCAAAAUCUUGUGGCUGUUGACCAUUUACUUGCUGGGGUUAUUGAUAAGAGUAUUCUUUUAGAUUCUUGGAUUGUCUCGACUAUUAUUGAGGUAAACUGCAGGCAAUGCAGACCUGAUAGUGCUUUAUUGGCCUUUGAAUACAGUAUGAGAAUGGGCAUAGACCUUGAAAAAACAGCAUAUCUUGCCCUGAUAGGCAUUUUGAUAAGAUCAAAUACAUUCUUGAGGAUUGUGGAUAUUAUCAAGGAAAUGAUUAGGGCUGGGCAUUCUCUUGGACUGUAUCUAGGUUGUCUCUUAAUUUAUAGGCUUGGGUCUGCUAGAAGGCCCACUUGUGCUGCAAAGAUUUUUAAUUUACUGCCUGAUGAACAGAAGUGCAGUGCUACUUAUACGGCUAUGGUUGGUGCAUACUUCUCUGCUGGUAGUACAGAAAAAGCACUUAAAAUCUAUAAAACCAUGAAAAAGAAAGGGAUCAAUUCUUCUUUAGGUACAUAUAAUGUUCUAUUAUCUGGUCUAGAAAGAAGUGGUAGCAUUUGUGAAACAGAAACUUAUAGAAAGGAAAAGAGUCGUCUGAUGGCUGAUGGUUAUAGUUGGAAUAGUGUUCCCAUGGAAGAAAAGAUAUGUGACCUCCUUUUUGCUGGGGGUUUGGCAUGUUGACCAUCUAUUUUGGACCACAAGAAUCCCCUGCUGAUGUCAACAGAAAUGGUGUAAUUUCAGGUUAAUCAUGGUGUAUGACGGCCAAUGCUUCUCUUGUAAGUUGAGAGCAUAUGAACAUGCAUGGGGAAAUGGCAGGAGCUACUCCAUGAAUUUCAACUCUCGGGUUCCCAUUUUGGCAAUCCAUUAUGAAACUUAUUUUUAUCAACCAUGAGAAACUGUGGCAUCACAGAAUUGUGUUUCCUGGUUUUCUCCAAGUUCCUGGCUGAUACAAUGAUAGGACGGAGUGCAUGAUUCCACCCCUUCCAACUACUCCAUCAAUGUCCUGCAAAGGAAAACACGCUGAUGGGAUAUCUGGGUGCUUGAAUACUUAAAGCUGCCAAACUUUCAUAUGGGGUUCAGAUCCAGAUCACUUACACUUGGAAUCAUUAUAUGCUACAGUGAUUAUGCUCAGACUCAGGAUGGUGUGGCCCCUAUAAUAUAUAUCAACUCUUUGUGCAAGUGCAUUAUGAAUUUAGAAUGAAUUGUGUUAGUUGUUGGCCGAAGAAAAUAUUUGCAUUUUGGCUCAGUUUUCAUGACUAGGAAUAAAGAAUCGAGGUCUUAUAGCAAA